AUGAACUCAAAUACAACCCGCGCACGAAGCUCGACGAACCUCUGCCCCUCCAGACGCUCAGCAAUGAGGCGAGAAAAUACGACUGAAUUGACCAAAACCAGACCAUGUGGAACGGAUCUCCCAAGAUACCAUGUCUUCAGUCAGGUGGACAGCUAUUACAAUAGCGCGAGGUUGGUGGCUCAGUGGUUAGAGCUCGAAUUUACUGACCGAGAGGUCCGCGGUUCGAAUCCGACCUCUGCCUGUCGACUUCCUCUGUCUAGGCUUGGGCAACCGGGCAGUAUUCCAGCCCUCGCGUUUCCUUGGGGUGGUAUGGCAGCUAGACACCAAAAAGAUGCUAUGGCUGGAGGAAAAACACACGAGCUAAUCCAAGAAAUCGCUUUAAAUCAUAUUCAUGUUGCGGUCAGUAGCUGUGGAAUAUUGCGGAGAGCGAUUAAAACUGUGAACGAGAAGGACGCGCUACCGAUCUCACAUUCACUUCAGAGUACCAAUCAGUACCAGCAGAACGCAUUGACUGGUCAUAUUCUUCCCCAAACUUGUUCCUCUGAAGUGGCAAGAGGACGGUUGUAUCCUCGGUACAGUGAAGAGAGUUGGAAUUUGGAUACGGAAGUUGCAACCGCCAACGCAACUCAGGAACGCGUUGAGGCUGAAAAUACCCGGAUACAGGCUUGGAAAACGAUCCAAGAUGCUGAGAAGCAGACACGAGAACAGCAAAAGUUGACUACAGAUAGACUUAUUUUCAUAAAGGAAACUACUCACAAGGUUGAUGAAAACUCCUCGACAACCAACGAGCGGUUUCGCCCUUCUUGGAGCUCAUCAAGUAGACGCAGUCCCCAAGUUUCCGUCAACCUUAUGUUCUACUUGAACCCAAAUUGGAAUGUUUGCGAGAAAUACACUAAUUUGCAAAUCGAUUUGGUUUUCACAAGAGACUCAACCGAAUCUCUCGUUUAUGAUAUUCUACAACUGAAUGUCCUGCACACAGGCCGCAUCAUGCUUCAUUUGGCACGAUAUUCGGGAUAUCGCAAUAUAUAUUUCAUGAAGGAAACUAGAAACCGCAUUCGAGAUAUUGAAUACUGGCGCAACGAACUACUGACCGAGAUUCGACUAGCUGAACAGGAGACAGACAGAUGCAGAGACAGCAACCACGGUACAACAAAAUCAAUUCGUCACAUGAUUAAUCCAGCGUACCGACUGCCGUUAAUCCACGGCGUCUGUAUUCCUCCCGUUUUUAUUAUACAGGAAAAAUUAAGAAUUCUUGGCCUCACUAGACAUCACCUGACUAAGCCUCUACAGCUUGCACAAGAAUGUCUACAAACCCGUGAGGGACGAUGUGGCAUCGAUGAGGUGAAGGAUUCUGUGGAACGUGCUCUGAACAAAGUGAGUUACGAACUUCAUCGCCUGAAUUCAAGCAAUGCUGUAUUUCUCGAAAACAGUUCAAGUUGGGUUCAAGUAGAUCAUGAGGUUGGCAGAAACUCGGGACUGCGCCUACCUGAUGAGCCCCAAGAAGGGCGAAACCGGAUGUGGGCUGUCGAACAGUUUUCAGCAACCUUCCCCCGUACAACCAUGGCCUACACAACUAACAAUAUUCUCAUGCCACAUCGGCCGUCGCGUGGUGCCAUCAGCCGGGUCGCCUUACUUGCUGCAUACAGCAGGGCGGGUAAGCGAAAACAGGCUACUGCUGACGCCUCCCUUCUUUCUCCUUCACAUACUUUUUCUUCCCCCUCUCCCCUCCCCAUUAAUAACUCUCUCCUUGAAAUCCAGGUGAUUAAAGAAUGUAUGAAUCAGGUGGAGCAACAUUCAGAAAAAGGGGAAAUACAACUGAAGUUAAGUCAAGCAGCCCAAAAAGAAUUACAGAAGGAUGUGGCCAACAAAAACCACGCUUAUCGGAUCGACAACAGAAUAUAUGGAUUAUCCAACUCCUCAGACGGCAUCAAAUUACAUGAAGGGAUAGAACUUGUGGAUGAUACAAACAGUAUCCCGGGAUCCUGGGUUGAAUUUUCCAAAGGCAAUCUGCAGCGAUCGCAAAAGCAGCGAGUCGCCUCAGAACAACUCAGAGAUGCCAUUGAUCGUCUCAUGCGAAACGUGAACAGCACGAUUUACGGCCAGUUCACUACCGUCAAUAAUGCGCUACAGACACGAAUUGCGGAAACAGUAGCUGCAAGAGAUCAAUUGAGAUCCGCUCUGAAAAAGGUGAUGCAAGAACUGUAUGACACAGAGCAAUUGGAACAGUUCCUUCGUGGUAGCAUGGAAGACAAGCUGAAACCCCUUAAGCUUGCUGAGACCCGCUUGGCUGAAAGAACUAGGAGACAGAAUGUUGAACUGUGUUAUGAUGACCCGAUGAAGAGUCUCCAGGAGGAAAUCAUGCAAAUCCGCCAGGCCAUUCGACAAAUGAAGGACAAACUAGACCAAACACAAGUCAGCCUUUCACGCCUGAGACGCAACAAAGUCUCGUUGGAACAGAGUAUAGCAGUCAAAGAGAACUCGUUGCAGAUUGACCAACGCUGUUUAAACAUGCGGAAGACAUUCCCCAUUAGCGAUAAACGCGGAACACUGUUUUCCAUUCCAGUUGGGUACUAG